CCCAGGCACAGCUGCCACAGUUGCUGAGAAAGUUGCAUCCGUGAGGGAGCAGUUCAUUCUUUCUGUCUGGACCCUUCCGUGAACAAAGCCGCCAUUUGUUGUGCAUUUGAAAUAAUGAUCCGUUGGACUGGACUGCCAACUGACAAGUGAGACCUGCACCAAGACAGUUGAUGGCCGCUGUCCUCUGGUGAAUGAGAACAGUAAUGAGUGCCAUGUGACACACACACUUAGGAGAGCAAGCUAAGGAAAGAUUGAUAACAUCUGACACCACAACCAUGAGGUGCACAGCCUUCUACAGAUGGUAUCUACCCGUGUGGUUACUACAGGUGUGGUUCACUGUGGUGUACAGCGGGCAAGUCAAUGUAGCUUUGAACAAGAAAUACUCACAAAGUACUUUCAGUUCUUUUGACGAUCGUCGCCCUGAGAACGCCGCCAACGACAACACCGACGGAACCUUUAGCGACAACAACUGCAUUCGCACCUCGAGUAGCGAUGACAAUCCCUGGUGGCAGGUGGACCUGGGACAGGUGUACCCGGUGCUGAACCUCACCAUAUAUGGACGUGCCAACUUUGAAAGUAACCUGGAGCCGUCAACCAUCACCGUGGACGGUCGUGAGUGUGUCAGGAUAACCUCCAUGCCAUCAAGGGCCAUCAACAUCAGCUGCAGCUCCACGUUGUACGGGAGGACCAUCAGGAUCAGCAAGAGUCCUCCCAAGAACUUGAUGAUGUGCGAGUUCCAAGUGUGGGUGUGUGAAGGCGGUAGUUAUGGUGCAGACUGCAACUCAUCUUGUGGUCAUUGUAAGGACAACGCACCGUGUGACCCCAUCAGUGGGAACUGUCCUGAUGGGUGUGCCCCUGGUUACACUGGAGACAGGUGUGACACAGAGUGUCAAGCUGGUACUUAUGGUGCAGACUGCAACUCAAGGUGUGGUCAUUGUAAGGACAACACCACGUGUGACCACAUCAGUGGCAAGUGUCCUGCUGGGUGUGUCACAGGUUACACUGGAGACAGGUGUGACACAGAGUGUUCAGAAAGAACCUACGGAGAAAACUGUAGUAAAUCGUGUGGUCAUUGUACUGGGGACACUUGUAACCACGUGACUGGCGAAUGCAACUCCUGUGAUCCCGGAUGGAGAGGAAACUUUUGUAUCGUUGUUUGUGAAGAUGGAACAUACGGAACUCACUGUCUUCAACACUGUGGUCGUUGUAAACACAAUGUCACGUGUCACCACAUCAAUGGCACUUGCUCUGAGGGAUGUGCCUCAGGAUGGACUGGAAACACGUGUAACCAAAAGUGUGAAGGUGGUGUGUAUGGUGCCGACUGCAACUCAUCGUGUGGUCACUGUAAGGACAACACACCGUGUGACCACAUCAGUGGGAGGUGUCCUGGUGGGUGUGACACAGGUUACACUGGAUUCAGCUGUCACACAGAAUGUGGAGCAGGAACCUACGGAGAAAAUUGUGAUAAAUCGUGUGGUCAUUGUACUGGCGGGCACACUUGUAACCACGUGACUGGGGAAUGCAAGUCCUGUGAUGCCGGAUGGAGAGGAAACCUUUGUAUCGCUGUUUGUGAAGAUGGAACAUACGGAACUCACUGCCUUCAACACUGUGGUCAAUGUAAACACAAUGUCACGUGUCACCACAUCAAUGGCACUUGCUCUGAGGGAUGUGCCUCAGGAUGGACUGCAAACAAGUGUAACCAAAUGUGUGAAGGUGGUACAUAUGGUGCAGACUGCAACUCAUCUUGUGGUCAUUGUAAGGACAACACCACGUGUGACCACAUCAGUGGGAACUGUCCUGCUGGGUGUGACAUUGGUUACACUGGAGACAGGUGUGACACAGAGUGUCAAGCUGGUACUUAUGGUGCAGACUGCAACUCAAGGUGUGGUCAUUGUAAGGACAACACCACGUGUGACCACAUCAGUGGCAAGUGUCCUGGUGGGUGUGUCAUUGGUUACACUGGAGACAGGUGUGACAUAGAGUGUUCAGAAAGAACCUACGGAGAAAACUGUAGUAAAUCGUGUGGUCAUUGCACUGGGGACACUUGUAACCACGUGACUGGCGAAUGCAACUCCUGUGAUCCCGGAUGGAGAGGAAACUUUUGUAUUGUUGUUUGUGAAGAUGGAACAUACGGAACUCACUGCCUUCAACACUGUGGUCGUUGUAAACACAAUGUCACGUGUCACCACAUCAAUGGCACUUGCUCUGAGGGAUGUGCCUCAGGAUGGACUGGAAACACGUGUAACCAAAAGUGUGAAGGUGGUGUGUAUGGUGCCGACUGCAACUCAUCGUGUGGUCAUUGUAAUAACAACACACCGUGUGACCACAUCAGUGGGAGGUGUCCUGGUGGGUGUGACAUUGGUUACACUGGAUUCAGCUGUCACACAGAAUGUGGAGCAGGAACCUACGGAGAAAAUUGUGAUAAAUCGUGUGGUCAUUGUACUGGCGGGUACACUUGUAACCACGUGACUGGGGAAUGCAACUCCUGUGAUGCCGGAUGGAGAGGAAACCUUUGUACAGUUGUUUGUGAAGAUGGAACAUACGGAACUCACUGCCUUCAACACUGUGGUCAGUGUAAACACAAUGUCACGUGUCACCACAUCAAUGGCACUUGCUCUGAUGGAUGUGCCGCAGGAUGGACUGCAAACAUGUGUAACCAAAAGUGUGAAGGUGGUGUGUAUGGUGAGGACUGCAACUCAAGGUGUGGUCACUGUAAGGACAACACCACGUGUGACCACAUCAGUGGGCCUUGUCAUGGGGGAUGUGCCCCAGGUUACACUGAGGACAGGUGUGACACAGAAUGUGAAAACAAAAGCUAUGGCGAAAAUUGCGGCAUGGUUUGUGGUAAAUGUAAAGACAACGAGUCUUGUAACCACAAGGAUGGAACCUGUCCUAACGGCUGUUCUGAUGGCUGGACUGGGAACAAGUGUACUGACAAAGUCAAAGACACUCUACUUACCGAAGCUUUGAUCGGGGUUGGUUCGGUGUGUGCCUGUAUCUGUGCCGGGAUCGCCGGGGUAGUCUAUCGAAGAAAACGCCGAUACCAUAAGGAAUACAUCACCAAAGAAAGCCCAGAAGCCUGUUCAUUUACAGAACGAAAUAGUUGUAUCGCAAGUUAUUCUUCGGGAAAAGAAGAGGUUGUCACAAAUUUGCCUCUAGACCAAAAACAAUUCAUCAAGAAAGAUCAACUAGCGGAGGAUCCUGGGAUGCAUUUAAAUAAUCAUACAGAGGGAUAAAACAAACACACAUAAAUUAUAAUUUGUGUGGCUGAGUGUUUUGUAAACAAUUGUGGUCGUUACUGUUGAUUCUCAUUGCACUGAUGUGAUGGCAACAUUUAUAGUUUGAUACCUCUACGACCCUUCCCGAAGACAAUAGUGUUAAAAAGAAUAAAUGACUUUUUCUUUGUAAUUUUUAUUGUCUUUGCUACUGAACAUACUUUGCUUGGUUUGAGCUAACAAUAUUCUGGAUCAUAUCGUCUUUUAUUUCUGAAGUAAAGUUAGUGAUUAUAACCGAGUAGUAUUAUCAAAUAAUAGCUCAAUAAAUACUCCCACCCACUGAUGUCCAUGUUUAUCUAAUUUACAGGCUGAUCUGUGGUUAUAAUCGAGUAGUAUUAUCAAAUAAUAGCUAAAUAAAUACUCCCACCUACUCAUGUCUAUGUUUAUCUAAUUUACAGGCUGAUCUUCUGUUUACUUGCAAUGUUCCUUUCACACAAUGUUCCAUACACAUGCUUGUAUUGUUUUUACCAAAAUGAGACGACAGCUGUGUUAUUUGAGAGUUUCACUGACCAAGAGACAUGCCCAAGGAGCAUCUUGUGUCAAGAAAGACAAACUAACAAUGGAGAGCUCCCAACCUUCACACCACGGACAUUGGUAGUCCUGUCCUGACGACUGUCACUUGAUGACUAAUUGUGUCACUGGGGUAGUCGGUGUAUAGUUGUAUAUGUGUGCAUGUCCGGGUGUAAAUAUGCAUGUAUAUCACGUAUGUAUAUGUUGGUAUGUACAAAAAGUAUAAAGGAGGGUAUGUGCAAACGUCUGACUAAUGUGUUUGUAUAUUUGUACAGAUUCAUACAUUUUACACUUAUGACAAACGCACUGACCUGUCUCCUGUCUUAGAUACAGUCUUGUAAACCAUUUUUUCUUGUGAUCCUGUCUACAAAUAUUUACUUGCCUUAACAUAGAUUACACACCCCAAUACGAAAAAGUAAUAACACUGUCUUAAUUAAAUAUUAGGGAAGUUUAUGUUUAUGAAAGUUUAAAAGCAGUCUUACUUUCCUUGACAUACAGCAAUGAUUUCAGCCUCGACAGAUUACAAUUUUAUUGGAAAACAUUGUGCUUUAAAUAAAGUCUUUGAAAAGUA